CUGUGAUCAUCCACGCUUCGUCUAGGGUUACUUCAAUCUUCAAAUCAUCUGAUUUUUGAGAUAAAUUAUUCAGCUUUAAGAAUUGAAGGAAUUGAAUUUUGUGAACCCUAAAAAUAUGUACAGCAAUUUCAAAGAACAAGCGAUCGAGUACGUGAAGCAAGCUGUUCAAGAGGACAAUGCUGGUAACUACAACAAAGCUUUUCCUUUGUACAUGAACGCGCUUGAAUACUUCAAAACCCAUCUCGAAUAUGAGAAGAACGCUAAUAUCAGAGAUAUUAUCAGCGACAAAUUCAACGAGUAUCUCCUUCGUGCUGAGGAGAUUCGUGCGGUUUUAGAUGAAGGUCGAUCGGGGACAGGAUCGAAUGGCGACGCAGCGGUUGCUACGAAGCCAAAGACAAAGCCCGAAGACGGAGGAGAUGGAGAAGAAUCAAAGCUUCGAGCUGGGUUAAACUCUGCUAUUAUAAGGGAAAAGCCUAAUGUUCAGUGGACAGAUGUUGCUGGGCUUGAAAGUGCCAAAGAAGCGUUAAAGGAAGCUGUGAUUUUGCCUGUCCAGUUUCCACAGUUCUUCAUUGGAAAGAGGCGGCCAUGGCGAGCUUUUCUGCUCUACGGGCCUCCUGGAACUGGUAAAUCGUACUUGGCCAAGGCUGUUGCUACUGAAGCUGACUCUACGUUUUUCAGGUACCUUACCUUGGGAUAGGUUUAUACUCUGUGAUCAAUAUUCUGGUCACUGUGUUUAUAAUUGGUAACACGUUUUAGCUUUUGAAUAAAUGUAUUCUUUUUGC